AUGUCGGGCGGCGCGCAGGCCGGCUACGACGGAGGCUACCCUGCCUCGCGGCCGGCGCCGACGCCCUGGCCGGCAGGGGCGCCAGCGCCCUACUCCGCUUCGGGGGGGGCGUCGGCGUCCGCGGCGGUGCCAGCGAGGGAGCCCAAGGACACCGAGCCCUCGGAGGUGGACGUGCUGUGCUCCGAGCUGCUGGGGUGCGUGCAGCAGCGCACCAGGGAGGGCAGAGAAGCGGAGCAUUCGUGA